UAAAAAAAUGGCUCCAAACACUCCCAUUACCCUCUCUUUUCUCUUCCUAAUUCUUCCAUUCUUCUUCUUCGAUCAAUCUAUCUCGACUAACACCGAGCUAAGAUAUGAUUUUUACGACGAGUCGUGCCCUCAUUUGCCUAUGAUAAUUCGAGAUCAUAUUUGGGAGGCGGUACAAAAUGACACGAGAAUUGCUGCAUCGCUACUACGGUUGCAGUUCCAUGAUUGUAUUGUAGACGGAUGUGAUGCAUCGGUGCUGCUUGAUGAUACUAAAGACAUGAAAGGUGAGAAAAAUGCUCCGGGCAAUGUGAAAUCGCUACGAGGGUUUGAAGUGAUCGAUGCCAUAAAAGCAGAUGUUGAAGCAUAUUGUCCCGAGACAGUUUCUUGUGUUGAUAUAUUAGGUCUUGCAACUAGAGAAGCUGUGUAUCUGGUCGAAGGGCCAUCUUGGGGCCUUCCACUAGGACGUAGAGAUGGCUUAAAAGCAGACUUCAAAUCCGUUCAAGAACAACUCCCAUCUCCGAGGGCAUCUCUAGAGAAUAACACCGCCAAGUUCACCUCAAAGGGCCUCGAUUUAAAGGACCUCGUCGUGCUAUCAGGCGCACACACUAUCGGCUUCGCUCGUUGCGUGACAUUCAAGGUCCGCCUCUUCAACUACAAGGGCUCCGGCCAGCCCGACCCUGACAUCAACGCAGCCAUGCUCUCGGACUUGCAAUCCAUGUGCCCCAACAGAAACGACGGCACCAACGCCAAUUUGGCCCCUCUGGAUGUGGCCACUGUUGACAGGUUCGACAAUGAGUAUUACACGAACUUGAUUAGUGGCGUGGGGCUUUUGGAGUCCGACCAUGGUCUAAUGGCCGACAGCAACACAGCUCAAAUGGUUAGACAAUAUAGUUUUGAUACGAACUUGUUUUAUGAUGACUUUGCUGAGUCGAUGUUUAGGUUGAACAUGGUUGGGGUUUUGAGUGGCCGUGACGGGCAGAUUCGAAAGAAUUGUCACGUUGUUAAAGUCGAUGAUGGGUAUUAAAAGGUGUUCAAGAACGAACGAAGAACGAAGAACGAAUCAGGGCGAGAAAGGGUUGAAAGUAUAUUCGAUAGGGAAGUUAUAUGAAAAACAAAGAGUUCGGAAUUUUAAGCUUUCUUUAUGGAUCUAUGUUUAUAGAUCUAUCUUUGGUUGAAAGAUAAUACAUAUAAAAUGUUAGGAGUUCAUAGUUGGUAAAAUGACCUAGUUGGGUUGUGAGAUGUAUCGUAUAUUUGGACGAACGAUUUUAUUUUUAUGAGUGUUUAUAUGA